AUGAGUAUCAGGAUAAAUGAAUGGGCUGAAGAAGAAGCGUACGUUGCUAUCAAGAUCUGCGUGUCUGAGCAAAAAAGCGAUAGCAAGCAGCGAGAGCUCCAUGUUCUGGAGAAGCUAACACCAACACACCUUGGCUCUCGGCACGUCAUGCGCAUACUUGACCACUUUAGCUUAAACGGACCUAACGGGACGCAUCGCUGUCUAGUCCUUGAACUUUUGGGCCCAAGUGUCCCCGACUUUAUAGAAGCACGCUUCGCGGAUGGGAGACUUCCGGGAACUCUCGCCAAGACCAUUGCCAAACAGGCUUUAGUUGGACUCGACCUUCUACAUGACUACAAAAUUGCACAUGGUGACCUCCACUCUCGCAACUUGGCUUUUGUCAUGGCCCCUAUGGAUACCGUCUCGGAGCAUGAGUUCAUCAAGAUACUAGGGAAACCAGAUAUCGGACAUGUCCACAGAACUGACGGCAAAAACUUAGGGCCUGGCGUACCCGAGUAUAUUGUCAAGCCUGCGAGGACAACUUCAUGGCCAUUACCACACACCGUCAAGAUAAUUGACUUUGGCGAAUCAUUCCUGCAGCAUAAUUUCCCUCCGACUCUUCACACGCCACUGGUCGUCCGGGCACCUGAAGUUAUCUUCCACGACCGUCUAGAUUAUCGUCUGUUCGAAAUAUUUGUCGGUCAGCCUCCCUUCGAUAGUCUGUUCACAACUCCUCAGAUUCUUGUUGGCCAGAUGCAAGAGAUCACAAACGAAAUGCUACCUGAAAGAUGGAUGGGCGCAUGGGAGGCAAUGCGCGGUGGUGAUACCAUGGAAGACUCGGGGCCUGGGUUGCAAGAAUGGCUGGAGAAGAUGUACUUCGAUGGUGAGCGAAAAGCGGACUUGGCAAAGGAGGACAUUGUCAAACUGGGGCACAUUAUCCAAAGGCUACUGCGGUUCGAGCCGUCUUCCAGGGCAUCGGUGAAGGAAAUUCUGAACGAUCCUUGGUUUAGGGAUUGA